AUGCAAGUCUUCAGGGGCGUUCUUGGCAUUUUACUAUGUACACUUCUUUUCCAUGUCAUUCAAGUUGCGUCCAUUUCUCAGGUGACCUUCGUUUCUGACGUCCACUACGACCCAUUCUACGGCCAAAAGAAUGCGUUUUCUCAUUGUACCUCAGCUGCCAAUGCAGCUUUAGGUGAGCCAGGUUGCGAUAGCCCCAAGGCUUUGAUGGACUCUAUGGCGUCUGAUAUAUCGCUUCAAAAAAGUGAUUUUACACUAUACGCUGGUGACUGGCAACGUCAUAAGUUUGAUGCAAAGCUAGUUGCUGAUGUGCUCUUCGUCGAUAUGAACAAAUCCUUUUCCAGCAUUCUAACCCUCAAUUUACCGCCUGUUAAGAGUUUCUCUGGUGCAUGGGGAAACAACGAUGUGGUUCCGGACUACUACUUUGACGUAACCAAAAAAGAUCAUGUGCAUCUUAAGGAGCGUAUUAAAAUUUUAAAUGGGUCACUGUAUUCAAAGGAGGAGGCCGACACGAUGGUUCAAUGCGCAUUUUUUUCCCGUCGUCUUGAGGAGGUUAGUUUUGUCAACCUUCACUCUCUUAUAUGGUCGACCACCCUGAAACCACCCCUCGCGGACAAUGUGGACGAUCCUUGCGGCCAAUUUGCCUUUCUUGAAAAGGAGCUCGAAUUUGCGAGAAAGAAGAGUAAGAAAGUGGUAAUAAUUGCUCAUAUUCCCCCGAUUCUGGAUACUUAUAUUGUGAUCCGAAACGGUAAGUUUUCUAAUGCGUCUCAUGAUAUGCUUUGGAAUGAGAGUUUUUAUAAAAGGUAUAUAAACCUCAUGUCCGCAUUUCAAGAUGUCGUUUCAGCUCAGCUUUUUGGGCACUUGCACCUGUUUUAUUUACUGUGUUUCCCAGGUAUUGGAUCACCGGCUUUUGUGCUCCCAAGCAUUUCUCCAAUCUAUGGAAACGUUCCCUCCUAUCUGCUAUCCACUUUUUCGAAUUCAUGGGACCUAAUCGACCUCAACCAGCGCUCCCUGAUCGAUAGCGGCUGGAGAGACACAGUCAACGUCAAGGGUGCGCUUGGGCUCGUCGACGGUUUCGGCAACUUGAACAGCACGCGGGAGCAAAUCAAAGGUCUUUACAAAAACGAAGUCAUGUGGUUAAACCACUUAAAGCUUCACAACGGUGGCCAGGCCACAGACCAGGUGUUUUAUCACAUGAACACCAGCUCUUUUUCUCGCGCCGUGAUCGUCUGCAGUAUGCUAAGCGGUAUCUAUGAUGACAUCAAAAAAUGUGUGGAUGAGCUGGUCGCAAGCAAGGAACCUGUGAUCAAUGAUUAUCCAAAAUUAAUAACAUUUCUUACAAUAUUUCUGCCGAUUAUUGGUGUGAUUAUUGUCGCGUGCCUCAUUGCAUUGAUUGUUUGCAUUGUUGUUAGAGGUCGUAAGAUAAAAAAUUUUAAAGAAUUGGACUCUCAUACUCUGACUGUCCAUGUGCCUUCAGGCGAAAUGCAACAAGAAGGUGAGAGUUGCAAGAAUCCGAACAAGGAAUUAAAGGUGCAAAGGGAUACAAACACUAACCAAGGCCAACGUGAUGAGAAAGUAGCAUCUCUCAAAAAAAAUUCUGACAAGCAACGACUAGAUGGCCAUACAGUUCAAGUACUUGUCGUUGAACCAAGCAAUCAAAUCGCUAAGGAUGCGCGGGAGUAA